GUGACUUUGAAGUGUCGUCUGAGCAGUGUGACGGCUUACUCAACGUUUUUCGAUUUUCCACCUCUUAAAGAUUGCAUACAACGUUAUCAGACGCCAUGCGAUCUCUGGAAGCGAAAAUCGUCGUGCUCGGCAGUCAAGGCGUCGGCAAGACGUCCCUCGUGUUGCGAUACGUCGGGAAACUCUUUCCGCACACGGUCAGUCCGACGAUCGGAGCGUCGUUCUUUACCUUCAAAAUGACUGUUGAGAACUAUAGAGUUAAGCUGCAGCUUUGGGACACGGCAGGACAAGAAAGAUUUCGAUCGAUGGCUCCUAUGUAUUACCGUAAGGCCAAUGCAGCAAUGUUAGUAUAUGACAUUACAUCGUCAUUAAGUUUUGAGUUGAUACAGGGAUGGGUGACAGAAUUGAAGAGAAAUGUAGAAGGGAGAUUAGUUUUAUGUUUGGUUGGAAAUAAAAGUGACUUGGGUGACCAACGUGCAGUGUCGCAUGAACAGGCUCAAGAGUAUGCCGAGUCGAUUGACGCAUUCUUCUUCGAAACGUCCGCGUUAACAAACUCAGGAGUACAAGAGGCAUUUCUUCAAGUCUCUCUGGGUCUCAUCCGAAUGAACAAAGAAAUCAUAAUGGACAUGAGCGACGAAGUCAGCGUUCGACCGAGUGUCGGCACAGCGUUGAUGGAGGACGAAGCAGACGAUCACGUCAGGUUAGAGCAGUACAGGCGAGCCAAUGACACCGGCCAUAAAAUGGGGUCAGGUCGACGAUGUUGUACGGUCUGAUGUAGGAUGCAUAGAAAUUUUAGUUAUCAUACCGUAGACAGUUAAUUAAAUUUUUUAUGAAUUAGCCGGCGAUCGAUUGCAUUUUGUAAGGAAAAUGCGGGCAUUUUACAAAAUAUAGGCAAUACAUCAAUGUCGUUUCGCUUCUUUUUGUGAAC